AUGAACGACGGGACCAUGGUCUAUGUUGGCCGGAAAGACAUGCAAGUAAAGAUCAAUGGCCAGAGAAUUGAACUCGGUGACAUCGAGUCUAACCUGGCUGUUUGCUUUGGGGUCAAGCGUGGAGUUAUUCUCUUCCCUUCACAUGGGCCCUUCUCGCGGCAACUCGUUGCCGUAUUGGAGGUUGAAACGGGCAACAAGACGGCCGCCGAGCACCCGAAAAUGACCGUUUCCUUCAGCGAAAAGGUGGACAACAUUCAGCGAGAGCUGGCUACCAAGAUCCCUAGUGUCAUGCUACCAAAACACUGGGUUGACGUCGAUACACUCGUCCACAAUGGAUUUCCCCUCUCAGCAUCGGGAAAAGCGGAUCGAAAACAGAUUAUAACCUGCCUAGAAGCGCAGCCGGAAAGAGAACCAAACAGCAUUGACGAGCCAGUGCAGGUGUUUGAAGGAGCCACGGCCAUACUACCAGGAGAAACGCCUGCCUAUGAAUUGGCAGAGAAGAUUGCAAGUUUGGUAUCUUCGAAAUCAUCUUCUACGCCAACUUUGUCUACAAGCUUCAACAACGUAUUGCUCCACGCUUCUGGCCUUGAUUCUCUCAACAUGAUGUCGCUCAUGCACUUUGCCCACAUGAGGUAUAGAAUCAAGAUCAGUAUGCAGCUACUGAUGGAUGAAAAAACCAGCAUUAGGACACUUGCAGCGUUCAUCACUGAUUCAACCCGGAGACAGAAUGACAUGACAUCACCGCCCUCCCCAAAAUUUAACGGAAGGGUCGACAUCAUGGCCCAAGUCAAUCGGUAUGAUAAAAAGCUGCUUCAGUUGUCCAGACGAUACCACAAAUCUGAGGUUCACCAUUCCUAUAAGAAAGACAACGAUAUUAAAGUCUUCCUUACUGGAGGCAACGGGUAUUUGGGCACUCAAAUACUCCGUCAACUUCUCGAACGUCGCGACGUCAGUUGUGUGACAACUCUUGUGCGCAGUACAAAUACCCAAGCAGCAAAGAUUCGGGUGAUUGAAGCAGCUCGAAAGGCUUUAUGGUGGACGGAGUUUCACGAAAGCAAGCUUGAAGUUUGGGUUGGCGACUUAUCGGAGUCACAAUUAGGUCUAGAGCAAGAGCAAUGGGACCUACUAAGCGAUGGUUACUCUUUCGACGUUAUCAUUCACAAUGGUGCUACUGUCCAUUGGAACAAGAGCUACUCAGCUCUCGAGCCAGUUAACGUCGGCUCGACAGCGCAGCUGCUUGGCCUUGCUGUCCGAUAUCAAUCGCUAAGAUUCGCUUAUGUCUCGGGUGGCCGACAGUGGAGAAGUGAUACAGAGAGAGAUGAAGAUAUCGCUCAUGAACUCGCAGACUCGAUGGGUUAUAGCCAGACAAAGUUCGUUGCUGAGGUGCUUGUCAAGCGAGCUGCUGGGAGAUGUUCUCCCACUAGGAGAAACAUCGCAGUCUUCAGGCCAGGUCUUAUAAUCGGAACACCCACCGAGGGCGUGGCGAAUUUAGACGACUACAUUUGGAGAAUCACCUCAGCUAGCAUCGACAUUGGGGCUUACAACGCUGAUGAUGAAGAGGCCUGGCUGCAUGUGUCAGAUGCGGCAGAGACCGCUGCUGCUGCCAUCAACGCCGCUCUCAAUCCCAACUUACAGGCAAAUGUAGUCAAGAAUCAGGAGGAUGGGAUGACCUGGGGCAUGUUUUGGGGCCUGAUCCAAGCUUCAGGAUAUGAUGUUCGCCCAAUCACUGCGUCAGAGUGGUUUCCGGCGGUCAGGAAGGACAUUUCUGAGCGACAGGAGGCGCACCCGCUAUGGCCCCUGGCACACCUACUUGAUGAUGAUUCGAUGAAGUGGGAUAUCCACAUUGACCACCCUAGAGAUUGCCCCGUGCAACUCAAAGUUGCCGUCAAAAAGAAUCUCGAAUUUCUCAUGCAGGUUAGGUUUUUACCUGCUGUUGGAAUGACACUCAAGCCGAAUGUAGGACCAGGUGUCAGAUUCCAGCGGUCGGGCUUCAAAUAG